UAAUGGAGGGGCCGACAUUAAGCGCGUUGAGUAAUAGCUAUACGAUCACACAUAUAAUACACACAAAACACGUAGUUAACCAUUUUUUACCUUUAGAAAAGAACAAAGAAACUCCCACGCUGACCAUCCUAUCUCUUCCUCAUACCUUCCUGUCAUCCCUUCCUUUUCUCCUUUGCUUCUCUCUCAAACAAGUCUCGGCGACGCCAUAACCGAAAAUUCUUUGCUUCGAUAUUUGUCGAAAGGGGUUGUCCAUGGAUUAUAUCCACACAACUUCAUCACUAGACAUGUUUAUGGGAGCUUCUUGCAACUCAAACCAAUGAGAAUUCAACUCUUUCUUCCAUGCCUUCUUUUCUUAUCCCUGAUCCAAAUCUUGAUUGCUCUUCUUGCUUCUGGCCAAUGCACCGACGACCAAAGAUCUUCGUUGCUGCAACUGAAGAGCACCCUUGUGUUUGAUUCCACUUCUUCUACCAAGCUGGUAAAAUGGAACCAAAGUGAUGACUGCUGCAGAUGGGAAGGAGUCGGUUGUGAUGGAGCAGGACGUGUGAUCAGUUUGAACCUCGAGAACGAGACGAUUUCAGGAGGGAUCGACAACUCGACUGCUCUUUUCAGACUUCAAUAUCUUGAGGAGCUAAAUUUGGCUUUCAACUUCUUCAACAGCGCGCAGAUUCCAAGGGGACUUCAAAAUUUGACCAAUUUGGCAAACCUGAAUUUGUCAAAUGCUGGUUUUGGCGGACAGGUUCCGAUCGAAAUUUCAACGUUGAGAAGUCUGGUUAUUCUUGAUCUCUCCACCUUGUUUGGAGGAGCUAAGUCUCUAAAACUUGAGAAUCCAAAUCUGCAGAGGCUUGUUGAGAAUCUUCCAAGGCUGAGGCAACUCUAUCUUGAUAAUGUCAACAUUUCUGCUCAAAGAAGUGACUGGAGCCAAGCAUUGUCUUCUUCUCUGCCCAACUUAACGACGUUGAGCUUGCGCAGCUGUGGUCUAUCAGGCCCUCUGGAUUCUUCGCUUGCAGGGCUUCAUUCUCUCUCGAUUCUCCAUCUUGGUGGGAACAAUCUGUCGACGAUGGUGCCGGAAUUCAUGGCAAAAUUUUCAAAUUUGACAACCUUGACUUUGGGCAAUUGCUUUCUGCAAGGUACCUUUCCAGAUGCCAUCUUUCAGGUUUCCACUCUAAAGAUUCUUGAUUUGUCCGCCAAUAAGCAUCUCAGUGGCUCCAUUCCACAGCUUCCCCUGGGCAGUUCUAUAAGGACUAUGGUGCUUAGCUACACUGCUUUCUCAGGUCGGUUGCCCGAUUCCAUUGGCAAUCUAAGAAUGUUGUCUAGGAUAGACCUUUCUAGUUGCAACUUCACCGGAAUGAUUCCAACCACCAUCUCAAAUCUAACAGAGCUAGUCUAUAUGGAUUUCUCAUUGAACUCUUUCAAAGGUUCAAUACCCCCUUUUAGUAUGUCCAGUAAACUCACCUAUGUAGACCUCAGUCGCAAUUCUCUAACAGGUUCACUUUCUUCCAAGCAUUUUGAAGGGCUUUCCAAUCUUGAAUACCUAAAUUUAGGGUUCAAUUCAUUGAAUGGGAGCAUUCCUCCUUCCCUUUUUGGUCUCCCUUCACUGCAGGGACUUCUUCUUUCCAGCAACACAUUUAGUGGCCAGAUUGAUGAAUUUCCCAUUCCCAAUCCCUCUAAUUUGGAUACACUAGAUGUGAGCAGUAAUCAGCUUAAUGGGUCUGUUCCAGAGUCUUUCUUCAAACUUGAGGGUUUGAGUGUUCUAUCACUUUCUUCAAACAACUUCAGUGGCUCCUUAAAGCUGGAAAAGGUUCAAAAGUUUCCCAACCUCACAAGACUGGAGCUUGGACACAACAACUUGUCUGUUGAUACAAGCAAUUCAAGUUUGUCGAGGCUACCCCAGUUAAGCCGGUUAAAUCUAGCUUCCUGCAACAUGCACAGUUUUCCCGAUCUGAGAAACCAAUCCAGACUGACAUUUUUGGACCUCUCAAACAACCAUAUUGCAGGAGAAAUACCUAGCUGGGUUUGGACUAUUGGAGGUGGAUCACUCCUCCAUUUGAAUCUUUCUUCUAAUCUCCUUGUUGGUCUCCAAAAGCCCUUCAACAUGUCUGUUUUUCUUAGCGUACUAGACUUGCAUUCAAACCGUCUCCAAGGCGAGUUUCCAAUGCCCCCCCAGUCAGCUGUCUAUGUAGAUUACUCCAGCAAUCACUUUCAACAACCCAUUCCAGUUAACAUAGGUUACUCUGUUUCGUUCACACUGUUCUUCUCUAUAGCAAACAAUAACCUUGGUGGACCAAUUCCUCAAUCUCUUUGCAAUGCAACCUACCUUCAAGUUCUUGAUCUCUCUCACAACAACUUGACUGGUAGUAUACCAAAUUGCCUCAUAAACAGUUAUAGUCUUGCAGUGUUGAAUCUGGGGAAAAAUAAAUUCGUUGGUGAUAUACCAGAUUUGUUUUCUUCCAGCUGUGGUUUAAAAACUUUGGACCUCAGUCAAAAUAACCUAGGAGGAAAAAUCCCACUGUCCAUGGCCAACUGCAAAUCUUUAGAAGUCUUGAAUGUGGGAAACAAUGGGAUUGACGAUACAUUCCCAUGCAGGCUAAAAAAUUCUUCCAGCUUGCGCGUUCUUGUUCUGCGCAGCAAUAAGUUUUAUGGGGACAUCAGUUGUUCUGAGGUCCAUGGGAGCUGGUCAAAUCUUCAAAUCAUCGACCUAGCUUUCAAUAACUUAAGUGGAGAAAUACAUCCAGGUUGCAUUGCAACUUGGAGAGGAAUGAUGCUAGACAAUGGCACACAGUCGAGGGAAGACCACAUCCACUUUGAGUUUCUGAGAGGCUUAUACUACCAGGAUGCAGUGACAGUCACUAUCAAAGGCCUAGAGCUGGAGCUGGUCAAGAUUUUGACAGUCUUCACUGCUAUUGAUUUCUCUUGCAACAAUUUCAGUGGAGCUAUACCUGGAACAGUUGGAGAUCUGAGUACACUUUAUGUCCUCAACUUAUCACACAAUUCUUUCUCAGGUGUGAUUCCAAGAACAAUUGGAAAGCUGACACAGCUUGGUUCAUUGGACCUUUCAAUGAACCAGCUGACAGGGAUAAUACCACAAGAGCUCACAAGUCUCACCUUCCUUUCAUUCUUGAACUUAUCCUACAAUCAGCUAUAUGGAAUGAUCCCAAGAGGUAGCCAAUUUCAAACUUUCUCCGCGGAUUCAUUUGCUGGAAACCCAGGGUUAUGUGGAUUCCCUUCGAACACAAACUGUUCCUCUGACGAUCCAAAGGAAAAGCUGAGACGAAGAUGGAAUAGUGUGGAUUUCAAUUGGCAAUUCAUCUUCACCGGCUUGGGAUAUGGAGUUGGAGUAUCAUUGAUUCUCGCACCUCUUGCAUUCUGCAAGGAGUGGAGGGAAAAGUGUGAAGAGCAAGUUGAUCAAUUUCUGAAGCUUAUCUAUCCGAGAUAUGGAUUCAGUUACGUCAGGUAUGAUGACAAGGUUGAGACGAUAAAGGAGUAUGAAGAUGAGAUGACAGAGGAUGAUGAAGAUGACGAUGAUGAUGAAGAUACAGGAACAAUAAUACAAAGCGGAAGGUACUGCAUUUUUUGCACGAAACUAGACAUUCAAAUCAAAACAGUCAUGCAUAAUCCGAAAUGUACAUGCCAUUUCUCGCCUCCCAGAAUCUCUUCCACGCCCACAUCGUCAUCAUCAUCUAGUUUACUAGUCAUAUAUCGCUGAAACUUUUGAAUCGUCUCUUCUUUUGUUUCUUCAUUUUGUAAAGAUACAUAGAUAGGUUACAUGCAUUUUCCGGCAAAGGAAUUGACGAUACAAGAUUUUUUGGAGAAUUUGUGUAAGAAGCAAUUGUUACUUACUUUGUCAUACAGAACAAAGAAACCUUUUGUUAA